CAAAAAAGAAGGAAACGCGCACUUCCUCCUUGAGCUUGCCCUUCUGUUUCUGUAGACUUUUCGUCAGGAUAAGAACAAGGCCUCUUUCCCUCCCCUUCCCCCAAAAAUUUAUUUCCUUUUCCCCGGAAACAAUUUUCUCAUUUCCAUUGACUCUCCCUCCCUCCCCUCUCUCACACUACAAAGGAAGGAGCCGAUUUUCUCAGCCGCCUUCACUUUGCCCCAAAAACUCAGCUCGCCAUUCUCAAAACCAACCCCCCUCUCUCUACUCUACUCCCAAGCUUCACUUUGUUUCUUGAGCAAUCCUCUGUUUUCUUUCUAUUUCUUGGUUUUCUCCUCCGCCAUUGACUCAUUGGGUCGUUGUUUCAAGCUGGCGAUCGAUAGUCAGGACACAGCUAUCAAGCCCAAGAACAGGAGAAUCAUGGGUGCUGGAGGUCCAGAUGAAGUGGACUGUGGCGGUGGCAGGUGGCCGCCAUGGUUGAAGCCACUGCUAAGGGAGCGGUUCUUCGUUCAAUGCAAAAUCCAUGCCGAUUCCCACAAGAGCGAGUGCAAUAUGUACUGCUUGGAUUGUAUGAAUGGCCCCCUCUGCUCUCUCUGCCUCGCCUACCACAAGGACCAUCAGGCCAUUCAGAUAAGGAGGUCUUCCUACCAUGAUGUGAUCAGGGUGAACGAGAUACAGAAGGUACUGGACAUCACUGGCGUCCAGACCUAUGUAAUCAACAGUGCUAGAGUCGUGUUUUUGAACGAAAGGCCUCAGCCAAGGCCGGGUAAAGGUGUCACCAACACUUGUGAGGUCUGUGAGCGCAGUCUCCUUGACUCCUUCCGCUUCUGCUCACUUGGUUGCAAGAUUGUGGGGACAUCAGGGAACUUCCAGAAGAGCAGGAAGCAGCAGCAAUUAACUGCAAUGGGAUCGGACUCAGAGGAAUCCUACAACAGCAGCAGCAGCCAUAGCCAUGGAGUGAGGCAUUUUAAGAGCAAGUACAAUGGUGGUGGCGGUGGGCAUUAUAGCAAUAUCAUCGACAGAAUCGAGAGCUUCUCUCCGUCAACACCACCUCCAACUUCGACGAGUUUCAGGACAGCUAAACGCAGGAAGGGGAUACCUCAUAGAGCCCCCAUGGGAGGGCUCAUCAUAGAGUACUAAAGGCAAAUGGUAAAUUUUUAAUGAAUGAAAACUGAAGAAUGGAUGGUGGUGUUUGUUAUACAGAGAAAAACAGAGAGUAGUGUAUUGUAAUUUGCUUCCUUUUGGUUUCUUUUUGGUGGCAUCACUCAUCAGUAGCCCUUUCUCAUCAGCUUGGUGGGGAAAGGGGCAUAAUGUUUAUACAGAAGCAGUAGGGCAAUCACAAGUGGGGGAUGAAGUCUGGAAAAAGGAUGAAUGCAUAUAUAGAUGAAAAUGAAGGUGGAAAGGUAGUAGAAGUAGAAUUACUUUGUUUGUAGUGUAUGGAGUAGAAGACUAUGUUUGCAUAUAGCUACAAAAUAAUGGUUAAGCCACCAAAAGCAAGAACAUAGCAUCAUCUUCCCACUUGUUUUGUUCAUAUAACAAGAAGUGUAAAUAUACUUUAGCUAGAUAGCAUCUUUCCACUUGUUCUCUGUUGCGUAGAAUGUGAUAAAGCUAUAUAUAUAUAUAUAUAAUGGUGUCCAUUCCAAGUGGAGAAAGGAAUGGCUUGUGAUAAUGUGUAUAUGUAAUGUGUGUAUAUAUUUUGGAAAGGAGAAGAACCCAGAAAGUAAUAAAGAGGAGGGUUGGUAUUCCUUGUAAGAUUCGGAUUUCUUCCUCUUUUCUCUCCUUCCAAUUAAUGGAUGGUGGUAAGUGGUAUUUCAUAAGUUGAUGUUAUUCCCCAGUUUUGGAAAACUUGAUGGCUGACAACAUUUCUUCUAUCAUGAUAACUCGAACUCGAAAGCUAUAGCCCGAUCGAUACCAGAUGAUCGUUGUUUUCAGAAGUGGUGUCGAGCAAUAUACGUGAUGAUCCAACGUUAUCAACAUGUACUGAUAACGACUUUUAUUGCAGGUGGCAAGUUCCGAUUGAAGGGCUAACUUGAUUUUGGCUUCAUAACCCCUAUAACAAAAGAUUGUUCAACUG